UGCGGACACUUCAAGAUGUCAGCCCAACCGUCUACUCUUCUUCCACUCAAAUAAAUCCCGUCCUUCUCCAGAUCAUCUAAACUACUUCAAAUCUCAUAUAAAAUAUAAAAACCAGUGUCAAAUCAACCAUAAAAAUCGUUAAUGUCGCUCGCCGCAAGACAAACCCGCAACCCCGAAAAACAGACUUUUAGAGAACCCACCAAAACUUCCCAACCACCGCAUCUUCCAUCAUCAUCACGAUAAUCGAUUCCUUCUUCUUCCUAUCCUUACUUUACAAUCCACCCAGUUUUUCUGCAGGUGUUUGUGUAAGGAAUUUGUGGUGAUUGAAAGGAAAAAGAGGAUAUUUAGUUGAAGAAAAGGAAGGAAGGAAUUUAAUAUACAACGAGAAUGGCAUCGCGACGAACUCAGGUGUUGGCAACAUACCGGAACCUCCUCCGUUCCGCCCGAAUCGCAUUCGACCAGGACCUCCGCAUGCGAACAGCAGCGCACGCGCAAAUGCGCGCACAAAUGGACCUCGGCCGUCGCGAGCUCGGCGAUUCGCCGGCGGACUUUGACGAGAUUGAUAAGAGGCUUGAGCAUGCUGCGGGGGUGUGUUUGAUUUUGCGGAGUAAUAUCGCGCAGGGCGUGCUGGAGAAGGAUGCGCAGGGAAAUCCGGUGCAGAAGAAUGAGGAGGAGAGGGAGAGGAAGGUUGGGACGGUUGAGUUGGAGGGGGGGGAGGGGAGUGCUACUACAGAGGAGGGUGUUUUCAAACUACGGCUACACAAAUACUCCGAGCUAGGCGACAACGAAGCCGUGAAAGGCGGCAAAACCACCCUCUCCGGUCGCGGCAAGCGGAUAAACUGGCAACAGCCGUCUAGCCAGUGAUCUGUGAUCUGCUCGCUGUCACAUCUCUACUUUUUUUUUUUUUUUUUUUUUGGUGU